AUGACUGGUUAUGGCCUCUCGGCUUCAGUCCCAUAUUGGUCAGAUUGUAUAGUUUUAUCUGUUGGAGAAGACAGUGAUGAUGAUGAUGAUAAUGAUGGUGCUGCUGAAGUUGUGGUAAUACAAGACUUUGAUACAGAUAUUACUGAGGACUCACUUUCUGAUGAUGAAGUGUUGCUUCUACUAACAGAUUCUGAAGAUGACAGUGAUAUCCCUGAGGAACUGCCUGAAUUUUCAUUUGACAUGGAAGAUUUUGCAGCAUUAAAUAGCCAAGUAGUUUCAUGUCUGGCAUCUUUAAAACGAGGUAACCCUGACUCAGAGGAAGUGGAGUCUAUGCCAUUGUGCAAAAAAGGGCGACUCUCUGUUCCAGAAGACAAUCCCAUGAAUUUGCAUGAACUUACUGAAAUCAUCACUAGUCAUAUUAACCGCCUUCGUGAAAUAGUUUCAGAAAUGCGGCGUUCUUUGGGGACACCACAGAUGGUACCCUGUGGAGAUGAUAACCCAUCUUUACCAGCAGAGAGGCAGGAAAAUGAUGCUGAGACCAAUCCAGGAGGAAUAUCUCUUCAGUCAGCAGCAUCCCCUGAAGUGCAGCAACCAGAGCUCAGAGAGAGUCCACCACUUCCCAGGAUUGUCUCUACAUGCUCAUUACAGCCGAAUCAUGACUCAGGCAGCCCGGAUACUAGGCUUGCUCUUCUGUCCAUUUUCAAUGAAGAUGAUGAAAGUACUAACAGUGUUCUCUUAUCUGCCCAGCAUUCUCUAGCAGAACCUACAGCAUAUCUUCCACAAGCAGAAUCCAGUCUGCCCGACAACUUUGAGACAGUGAGAUAUUCAACUAUAAAUAACAGCAUGAACCCAGACAGUGCCUUGCCAUCUCUCUGCAUCCCUCCCAAUUUUGAAACACCAGGAGGAGCAGAAACCAGCCUUGUAAGCAGCACUGAGACUAUACAUUACCCAACUUUACAGGAAAAUGGCAGUGGCCAGGAUACUGUCUCAUCUGUCUUCAUUCCUCCCAAUUUUGGGGUUGAAAAAUUCAUCCUUACACAAAUGCCAAUAAUGGAAGAAACUGGUGUGGAAAACAGCUCUCAGACAGUGUAUUAUCCAGCUUUAUUGGGAAGUAUCACUGGGCUAGGUACUGACUUUUCAUCUCACUCUGCUCCACCUAAUUUUGCAGUUGAAAAAGUUAUACUUAUAGAAAUGCCAGGACAAGCAGAAACCACCGUGGAUAACAGCUGUCAGACAGUGGGAAAUGAAACUGUAGUGGGAAGUGAAACUGUAGUGGGAAAUGACAGUGACCCAGAUGUGGGCUCUUCACAUCCCUCCAUUCUACCCAGUGUUGAAAUGUUGGUCAAAGCAGAAACCGGCUGGGAAAAUGACACUCCAGUGAUGAAUCAGCCACCUCUCUUGGAAUAUGGCAGUGAUGAAGAUGCUUCAUAUAUCUUAAUCUCUUCCGAUUCUGAAUCCAGCACAGAAAUGAGUUCUGAAGCAGAGAAUCAUGGAAGUGUAAUAAAAAAUGACAGUAACCAACAAACGGAUUCAGAACCUUUCUUCGUAGCUUCUGGAUUUGCAUUUGUACCUGUAAAAGUAUUGGUGACAGAAGAAAACAGCAUGGAAAACAGACCUGAAACAAUGGAUCACCCAAUUGUACUGGAAGAUGACAAUAGCCAAGCUUCUUCCUCAUCAUCUGUCCUCAGGCCUUCCAGUUUUGGAUAUCUUGGUGAUCCAAGAAGAAAUGUCAGAAUGCUUGAUAUUCAUUUGAUGGCUGUACAAAAGAAGGCCAUACCUAGGCAUGCAGCCUGCUACUUGGUUCGUAUUUUGUUCUCCAAGGAAAUCCUGAUUUCCAGCUCAGUAGGUAUCAGUUCCCAAGGCUGCCAAUCCCUGGAUCCAAACAAAAUGGCUGCAAUAAGAGAACAUCUGGCAGCAGUUUUUCCCAACUAUGAUUUGAGUGAACAUGGAGAAGAGUGGCAAGCCUGUAUUUCCAAUAUCAAUUCUCUGAUCCGCAAUUUAUGUUCGAGAAGAACACCAAAAACUGUUCAUAACAAUGGAGGGCCUACCAAACGCAAAAGAGAUUCGAAUGAUGAAAGAGAUGGUGAUGACAAUGCAAGUAGUUCCCAGGUUUCUCAGCAAGAAGCUAUCUCAGAAACAAGAGAACAUGGGAAUUCUCCCCAGAACAGCAGCGCUAUCCCUGAAGGAAUUCAAGAACCUUCCACUGAUGGUCCUGAGCAGCCCUGAGACCAUGGCAUCUGGGAAUAUCUUGGAGAUCCAAGUAGAAAUAUACAGAUGCCGAAAUCACUUCUGAUUACAGCAAAAGAGAAGGCUCGCCCAGAGCUGUCAGCCAGAUACCUUAUUCGCAACCUCUUCACAGAGGAAGUCCUAAGUAGUGUCCGUGGCAGUCAGGAGUGUGGAGUGCUCUCCCUGAACGCCAAUAAAAUUAAUGCUCUUCAAGAAUUUCUCCAGGACAUCUACCCGACUUGUGAUCUAUCGGAAAAUGGAUACGACUGGAAAUUGUGUGUGAUGGCUAUGAAUAGUUAUAUUCGUAGUCUUAGAUGUGACCUGGAGAGGUCCACAGAUGAAUCACAGUCACCUCCAGCAAUGACUCCUUCAACAGAGUCCAAGCCAAAAGAUACUGACUUAGCUGACUAAAUGUUAGCCAUCCAACCUUUUCUUUUUUGCUAUUGUACCAGCCUGUAAGUUUCUCAUGUUAUUAACUCCAAAAUUAGCCUGUUGUAGUAGCAUUGUAGAUCAGUAUUCACACUUAAAGAAAUAACUUAAAUUCUUUUUUUGCCCACAAGGGAGGCAGAAUUGCAUUGGAAAGAUAGGCGAUGUUUCAUCUUAUGAGUAAAGCG